AAUAGAUAACCCAAUUCAGGCACUACCAUUCCCAGAAACUGAUUUCUGUAAAUGACGAAAAAAUUGAGCGAAUGAGGAGCUUGGAGUUGGAAUGAAAGGUGGUGCCGGUUGGUGGAAAGUUUGGGAUUUUGGGGUUGGGUUUGAGAAGAAGAAUAUUGGAAGCUAAGUCGGGCUUAGCAGGACCGAGGUUUGCCCAAAGGCCACAACGGCAGUCCAUAAAGUAGAGGUUUUUUUUUGUUCGAGACUGAGAGGAGUAUUGAGAAGAAGGGAUUUGAAUAGAUUAAGGAAGAGAGGAAAUGUAUGGCAGAAUGACGGCAAAUAGCGAAAACUGUUUUGUUAUGUGCUCUUCCUUUUAUCCCUUGUCGAAACUAAGACUACCUCCAAAUUCAUUCUCUCCCACUCUCGAUAUUAAUAACGGUAAGGAGAAUGGGAAGAAGAAGCAGAUUCCUCGGUUAGUUUGUGCUGCUACGCUUUCCGAUAAUGAGUCCGACAAAUUCCUCUUAAGAGAAGGAACAGGCAGCAGAAAUAACAUGACCAGUGGCGACGAAAGAGUAAUGACUGGAACCACCGCCAGAGGCCGCAGAUUGCUCAAGAUUCGGGAAGAGAAGAGGAAGCGCCAAUACGAACGCCUUCACAACUAUCCAUCCUGGGCCAAAGUCCUAGAAGACGCCUGCAAAGAAGAUGCUGAGCUCCGUGCCGUUCUCGGCGAUAGCAUCGGCAACCCUGACCUCAUGCGCAAACGGGUUGAAGAAAGAGUUCGGAUGAAGGGUCGAGACUUUCACAAAUCAAAAACGGGUUCCAUCCUUGCCUUCAAAGUCAGCUUUAGAGACUUCAAUCCUCUUGAUUCUUUCAUAUGGUUUGAAUUGUAUGGACCACCUUCUGAUCGAGAUGUUGACCUUAUCGGUAGUGUCAUUCAAUCAUGGUAUGUUAUGGGUCGCUUGGGUGCUUUCAAUUCUGCUAAUCUGCAGCUGGCAAAUUCAUCAAUGGAGUAUAAUCCCCUCUAUGAUUCAAAGAAAGGGUUCGAUGUGAUGCCAUCUUCAUUUCACGAUAUCAGUGAUGUUGAGUUUCAGGAUAACUGGGGUCGUGUUUGGGUAGACCUUGGUACUUCUGACUAUUUUGCCAUUGAUGUACUCCUCAACUGCUUGACGGUCUUGAGUUCAGAUUAUUUAGGCAUUCAACAGAUGGUCUUUGGCAGUCGCUGCAUGGGUGACUGGGAAGAGGGGAUGACAAACCCUGAGUAUGGAUACAAGUACUUUAAGAUCUGAAAUUUGUUUGAAUUGGAAUAUUUUUAUGUAUGCUUCAUGUAAUUUGGCACUGUAUAUACAGUAAUUUCUUCCCCUCUAGCCAUUGGGAACUUUUGGAUCUUAAUAGACAUGCAGUUGAUCUGAAA